AUGGGAGACCCUGAGUUUCCGUCCUUAGUGCUAGACAAUGGAUCUGGAGUAAACAAGGCAGGAUUUGCUGGAGAUGAUGCUCCCCGUUCUGUGUUCCCCUCCAUUGUGGGUCGUCCUAGACACCAGGGAAUCAUGAUAGGUAUGGGACAGAAAGAAGCCUAUGUUGGAGAUGAAGCCCAAAGUAGAAGAGGUAUCCUCACUCUAAAAUACCCCAUUGAGCAUGGUAUCGUCACCAAUUGGGAAGAUAUGGAGAAAAUCUGGCAUCACACUUUCUACAAUGAGCUUCGUGUUUCACCAGAGGAAUUUGGAAUGCUGCUUACAGAGGCUCCUUUAAACCCUAAAACUAACAGAGAGAAGAUGGCGGAGAUAAUGUUUGAACAGUUCAACGUUCCAGCCAUGUACGUGGCUAUCCAGGCGGUGUUAGCUCUCUACUCUUCUGGGAGAACUACCGGCCAGGUUAUGGACUCUGGUGACGGGGUUACUCAUGCAGUCCCAAUCUAUGAGGGGUACGCUCUACCUCACGCUGUGAUGAGACUAGACUUGGCUGGAAGGGAUCUAACUGACCAUCUGAUGAAGCUCCUGACUGAGAGGGGAUAUGUCUUCAUCACCACCGCAGAGAGGGAAAUUGUCAGAGAUAUUAAGGAAAAGCUAUCGUACAUUGCGUUGGACUUUGAAAAAGAGCUAAAAGCUCCAGAUUCUUCAGAUGGUCUUGAAAAAGCAUAUGAGCUACCCGAUGGCCAGGUAAUUACGAUUGGAAAUGAACGAUUUAGGGGCCCCGAAGCUUUAUUUCAACCUACUAUGAUCGGAAUGGAAGCUAAAGGAGUGCAUGAAGCGUGCUACAACUCAAUCCAGAAAUGUGACAUUGAUAUUAAACGUGAUCUCUACGCAAAUCUAGUUCUCUCUGGGGGUUCUACAAUGUUUUCAGGUAUAGCAGACAGGAUGCAGAGGGAGCUAACAGCGCUAGCUCCACCCUCAAUGAAGAUAAAAGUGGUUUGCCCCCCUGAGAGGAAGUACUCGGUAUGGAUUGGAGGAUCUAUCCUUGCUUCAUUAUCAUCAUUCCAAUCUAUGUGGGUAACGAAUGCAGAGUACAAUGAAGGAGGUUCUUUUUGGGUCCACAAGAAGUGCUUCUAGAAGGAGUCGUUCAAUUUGUGAUAAGUUUCA